CUAGUCACCGCCAACUCUGCACGCGCCUUCGCGGCUGUGGGAGAAGAGAGAGCCUGCCACGCGACGAUCAACCCUCGCAUAAGAUGCGGAUGGCCCUCCUUCGUCGACAUUCUGAUAGCAUAGUCCACUCGCCGUCCAAUGGCCGCUCCUUCGCCUCUGCGCGCUGAAGCCCGACUCCGAGGACACCGUGCCUCAGGAGCUUCAAGCAUGGAGCUAUAAGUGGUUUAAUUCGGUGGGUGAACUUUCAUGGCGGGCGGCGUUCUAGGAAAUUACCUUGCGCUGUCACGGAUGGCAGCUUCGAAUCCCGCAGAUCAGCCCAUUAAGUAUCUUUCGCUGUGGUGCGCGGGGAGGCACCCGACCCUGUGCCGAGAGCUCUCGACUGACCGCUCUGCUUCCAAGGGCUAUUCGGCAGACCGCGCCGACUGAAGCUAGAAGCCCGUUUGUCGCGUCCCAGAGAAUGCCAGAGGCCGGCAAAGAUUUUCAUGCGUUUCACCUUGCCGCAUCUGUGCGCCUCUCGAGCGGACAUGAACAUCGGGACUGCCUGCACAAUGCCGUAUAAAGCAGUUGUCGCCAUGGCAUCAACCCCUUAAUAUUCCGAAGCGGUCGGCCCUCUCCCAAUUCUGGGAACACGUAUUCCGCAUAUGGCAAUCGUUGACGUCUAUUUUACUGUCUCACUCGUCUGCCGUCCGAUCUGUCUGGGUCCAACGUCCAUGCGAGCUAAACUUUGGCGUUUGGGACAGUACUUCUCGACAGCCAGCGGUAUAAAAUCGAGCGCGUCUCCUAUUUUCUGCCCACCUUCCCUCCCUUCGUCCUUCUCCCUCGCCCGCGACGUUCUCUGGGUCGGCCCGCCAUGCGUUCUUUCACCUUCAUUUUCGCUCUCGCCGCCUCGCAGCUCCUCUCCCUCUCUUCGGUGCUGCCCGUCUCAGCCAAGCUCGCCCGAAAGUACGCCACGCCGACCGCCGAGAUCCCAGCGGCGCGCAAUGCUCUCACGCUCCGCCAGCACCACGAGCGCCGUGCUCUGCUCGACGUCUGUGUCUACCUUGACGCCGACAUCGGGCUUGGAGGCAGCCUCCUUGGCAUUCCCCUCAGCGAACUUGUCGACCUCAACAUCUGUCUUUGUCUCUCGGCGUUGCCCCUUGACCUCAGCGCGAACGCCCAGCUCAAGGUCCUCGGCGACAAGUACGGAUCGGCUCUGAUCAACGCUGUUCUGAGCCUGCUGAUCAACACCGGCCCGAACUCGCAGCACUGCACAUACCCCGACAACUGCGAUCCCGUUUGCUCCUCCAGCGAACCUUGUGGCUUCCAGUGCCACCCUCCGUACGUCAAACAGGGCAACCAGUGCGUUUGCGCUCCGCCCUACGUCAGUUGCAACGGCAAGUGCCUCCCCCCGGGUUCGACUUGUGGCUCGGCAAUUCCUCGCACUCUCGCUGCUCGCGCUGACUCGCUCCUGAACCGGGCGCAGGCUUCAUGCAAGCCCCAUGAGAGCGUUUGCGGCGUAUACGGUAGCACCGACAGCACCGCAUUCGAGUGCGUCGACACACGCAAUGACCUGGAGAGCUGCGGAGGCUGCAUGGCUCCGAGCCCCUUCGCGCCCAACAACGCCUCUGCUCCCGUUGGCCGUGACUGCACAGCCAUUCAGGGUGUCGACUCCGUCACCUGCGCCCAAGGUGGCUGCGCCGUCCAGAGCUGCUCGUCGGGUUGGGCCGUCAACGACGCGGAGGAUGGAUGUGCUCUCGUGCCUGGCUCUGGCGUCUCCAAAAAUUCUCUGGUACAGCAGGCCACCAAGCGCAAGUCGGUCUCGAGGUUCUUCGCCGACCGCGCGGGGUCCAAAGACGAACUUCUGCCGUGAUUGAACCCUGGACUUGAACACUCUGGACUAAAACUUGAAAUGACACCCCUCCUUUCGCCGUCACCAUCGUUUGAACUUUCUGCCAGCUGUCACCUUUGUUAUUCAAAUCUCUCUCUGUACGCACUUUCGAGUGUAGCAGUAUUAAUGUGGUCUUAGUCGUUUCGCGGCUGUGUUGUAGAUAAUCGGUGUUAAAUAUGGAUAUUCUAUCUGGGACGUAACUUCUUUCGUGUCCCGGGUUCUGG